AUGGAAGAGAAAUACACCGCAACAAGAGAAAGGAAAAAGAAAAUUCUUACUCAAAGCAUAAAGGUUUCAUCAAAAGGAAUCGAACUUGAGAAAGGUUUAACCGACAAUCUAAGCUCAGUAAAAAAAUUUGCUAUCGAACGAAUUGUGUAUUGCGGUGUUGAUAGACGACAUCAAAAGAUUUUUGCUUUCUUCUACCGAGCGCCAGAUAGUUUGUACGGCGUGUUAGAUUGCCAUGUUCUUGAAUUUCGAUCAAAGCGCGAUGCAAAGAAUGUUGCUUUAAAAUUCUCUCAAACAUUUCUAAAAAUGGCUGAGAGUAAAGAACAAGAAAAGGGAGAAUACUCGCUGAAACAUUUGAAUCGUGACAGGACAAAAACUGAUUCCAUGAUUCAACUACACUGUUCCGUGGAAAGCGUUAACAACGACAGCUGUUUCCAAUCUAAAAAUAAUCAGUCAUGCUCGUCAGGCAAAAUGGAAGUACAACAGCAAAUUAAUGAAGGUGAAAACUGUUCGAGAUUUGGAGACUCAAUAAAUCAUCUAACUCAUGAAAUUCAUUCCAAUGUAAGUUGUGACUCAAAUUUACAAAAAACGAAACUUUUAAGAGUGACGUCUAUUAAACGAAGCAAAAUCAAAUCAUCACAAAGUUAUAAUGAGUUAAACUAUGUAAAUGAAGAAUGGUGCGGUUAUGUUCGUAAAAAGAAAAGUUUACCAAAUAUGGACAAUUUUAUUGAAACUAUAAAUCAAUACAGAAAUGAUCAAAAUAUUUGCAAUAACGGAAUGAAAAAAGAUAAAAACUUCAAUUUUUAUAAAACAAAACAAGAAAAAGAAAAAUUGCCUGUUGAUCAGGAAUAUAUGCUUAUGAAUAGAAGAUUAUCCAGUUAAAAUAAAAAUAAAAUAAGAUUAUUGUUAUUAUGAAUAUUCAUUAUAAUAUAAUAGAAAACGUCAUUGCUAAGAAAUGGUAAAGAUACGAGGAAAAUUGCAGUGAUUCGUUGUAAGUAUAGAAAGAUAACAAUUAUAUGAUAACAAUGAUUUAAACAUGAAUUUAUGCAUUGCAACGUGUUCUACAGAGGUUCUUUGUAAAUAAUUUGAGUUGUGAGUUGCUGCAUAUAAAUUAUUGUUGAAACUUUGUGUUUGGUAAAGUUUCCACUUAGAUUAAAUUAUACGUAUUUAAUCAGUUA